ACUGGCUAUAACCCAAUCUGGAAAGAAAAUGGCAAGAAUUCUGAGUGCUGAAGAAGCUGAUGUUGCAGACAGCUGGGAAGAGGCUGCAGAUUCUGGAGACCUGACCCAACUCCCAAGCACCGUGCAGGAGGAUCAAGAGCUGUAGCAAAGCCACGGGCUCAGGGGACUCACCCAGACGCCAGCACGCAGGACCGCCGCGGCUGAUCGGGACAGCUUCGGAUCCCAUCACGCGAGGUCGCCAGGGUUGGCUGGGCGGGGCCAGACGCCAGGACUGAGGGUCACUGAGGCCAAGGGAGCCCGGGCUGUAGCUAGGUCGUGUAGUCGGACGGCCAUGUCUAAGCGCAAGGGCGUGAGCGCCGAGGAGAAGCGGACCCGGAUGCUGGACCUGCUGUACGAGAAGCAGGACUUCUUCCAGCUGAAGGAGCUGGAGCGGCUCGGUCCGAAGGAGAAGGGCGUCGUGUCGCAGUCGGUGAAGGAGGUGAUCCAGGGCCUGGUGGACGAUGGUCUUGUCGACACGGACAAGAUCGGCACAUCCGUCUACUUUUGGGCGUUUCCCAGCAAGGGCGCUGGCGUGCGCCAGCAUAAGCUGGCCGGGCUGGAAGAGCAGCUGGCGCAGCUGCGGCAGAAGCGGCACACCGUUGAGGCCCAACUGGCGGAGGCGGCCGUGGGCAGGGAGGAGGACGACGAGCGUGGCCAGCUGCUGAAGGAUCUGGCCGGCCGCCGCCAGGAGCGAGCACGGCUCGACGCCGAGAUUGCCAAGUACAAGGACUGCGACCCCGAGGCGCUGGAGGCCAUGCGGCAGCAGUCGCGCAUCGCUAUCGAGGCGGCUAACCGCUGGACCGACAACAUCUUCAAUAUCAAGUCCUGGUGCAAGCGCAAGUUCAGCAUGGAGGAGGCAACGAUCGAUAAGCAAUUUGGGAUUCCGGACAGUUUCGACUACUUGGAGUAGUGC